AUGGACAAGGCAGCAAACGUUCAACAACAACGACGUUCAGCCCACGAAUACAUCGAUUCAAGCGCGGAGGAGGUUGCUCAAUCUAGCGCUGUCGUGAGGGCAGCCGUGAGCUUGGCUGAGCUUCUUCAUUCACUCACGCUUCCUUCUGAAGCCCCACUUCUCGGCACAUCCGCCCUGCCGCGCGUCACUAGCGCGAUGGCAACCGCGUGGUCUGCCUGGAAACAACUCCAAAUUUCGACAUCGCUGCGCGAACAACCAUCCCACAGCGAACCCUUUUCCAAAAGGACACAAACACAUCCUCCCACACAUCACCGCGACACACUGACACCUCGACUGCCAUCAACACCAUGGGCGCCUUUCUGGCGCGACCUGCGCGCCAGGCUCACCAACACGCCGCUGACCCUCGACGCACCGCCACAGGUGCUUAUGGAAGACUUCCUCACACCUGCACCACUCCUCGUGCCUCCGCCAGCGCUUCCACACAGCGCUAAUGGCGUCGAGGCCAUGAGUGCUCAGGCACUGAAACCAAAUUCGAGCGCCGGCCGUAGGGCUAACGCCGAUACAUUCGAAGCUCCCAAGGCGGGCGGCCUCUUCUCGCUCAUGCAAGUCGCGCUCCUUGUCUUGGAGCUCUCCGCACCAACUGGGUCUGUCCAGGCGGAUUUCUGUCGAGUGUACCACAGCGUGGUCAUGAUGGCCAACAUUGCCUCCGAUCUCCUGCCGGCUGCUGGGUUUGUGUCGCAGACUACCUCGCUCCAGUAUCAGCUGUUCCUCUUUGCGAUCGCGUUCGCCGGCACUAUCUGGCGUCAUCGAACAACUUUUCGAAUUGUCCAGGUGAGAAACGCGGAGGAACAUGUGAGGGGGCCCGACCCACGAACGCCAGAGAUUCAGAUGGUCAAUGCCGGGACUAUGACUGCGGAGGAGCCUGUCAGCAUGAUUAAGCCACCUGUACAAGCGACUGAGAAAACCUCUGAUUCCGAGAGAUUCAAGAAGCUCAAGGAGGAUAACAAGGCGAUGGAGACCGCUCUCAAGGCCUCUGAUAGGCAGCUCAAGAUUGCGAAGGAGCUCAGCGAGUGCACUUCUCUAGAACUGCGCAUGCAGCGCCCGAGGACCGAUAAGGCUGUGAAAGACAGCAAAGCACUUCAGCUCAAGUAUGAUGAGCAGACGACCAAAUACCAUGGUCUGGAGGCCAAAAUAAUUGAGCUUGAGACAUCCCUCCGAGAAACGACGAAUGCGCUGGACAGGAAGGAGGAUCUCAGCAGCAAGCUCGAUGCACAGACGAAAGAAUGUCAAGAUCUCGAAGGGGAAGUGGCGCGUAUCAAGGAUACCCUCGAUGAAAUGUCGCGGGCGUUGAUCUUCAAGGACGAGGAGAUGUCGGCUAUGAGCUCAAAUCAUUCUCAAAAGGUCGCGAAUCUCGCCAGGAAGAACAUCGCGAAAAACCAGGCCCUGCGUCGCAAGGCUAGAGAAGCCUCUCAAACUACCGCGCAGCUCAACGAGAAGAGCAAGACUCUAAUCGCACUGCAGGAGGCGAUGGCUUUGAGCGCUACGACACAGAGCUCGCACGGUCGAACAGCUAGAGAGCUAUCAAAGGCGAAGAAGUCCCUUCAGCGAAAGAGCAAGGUCUUCUACAAAGAGGUCACAAAGCAUGCCGACCUGCCUCGCCAGUAUCAACAGCUCAAGGCUGAUCACAACAAACUCUCGAGGGAAGAGGCCGCACAAUAUCAGAAGAUUUUGAAUCACGAGAAAAAGCACAAGACCUUGGACGCAAGGAUUGAGGAAGAGUCCCGGAAGAACGAGAAGCUCCAGCAUGACAACGAAAAGCUUUCUAGCGAAGUCCAGACACUUUCUGCGACCAAAAGCGACAUAUCUUCGCAAUUGUCUGGCAAGAGUGAGGAGUUGGCCCAAGAGAAGCAAAUGCUGAAGCAAUUGACUUCUCAAAAUGCAACCAAAGCUUCGAUCAUGCAGAAGGUUAAGAAGAUUCUGAUGGAGAACUUCGACAUUUCUGGAUCCGCUGCUCAUGACCUUCUGGAACACGGCGAUUUGAAAUACGAUGACAAGCUUGCCGUGAUGCAGCGUAAAAAGUAUGAUGUCGUUCGCAAAAAGGUGGCACACAUCCUUGUCAAGAAGUUCAACUUGUCUGAGCAGGACGCAGCCUUCUUGCUUGAGAAGGGCGAACUUGUUGAGCAGAAAGAUGAGGAAGACAGCAAAGAUAGUAAGGACGCCGGUGAUCGCGAGCCUCGUGACAAGGACGAAGAUGACGACGACCAUAACGAUGGCCAAGCGCCAAACUUCCAGACAUUGGAACAGAAGGCUGCGGUGCCAGCGACAAUAUCUCGCCCUGGAGAUGAUGCAGAUGCUCGUGAUGCUCAUUCUAGCGGCGAUAACGAUGCCGGCGAACUCGGAGACGCUGUACACGAUGACGUUGCAACUCAGAUGGAAGACAUCUCAUUCGAGAGCAGUGAGGUCCUGGGCGGUAACGACAAACUUCACGCCAACAAUCCUGAGCUCGAGGAUGAGGACAAUUUCUCUGCCAUGGACACGAAUGAUACGUUUGCCAAUCAGCCAGAUUCCCAGGAGCAAUCUAUGGAAGGCAUCUCAUUCGACAGUCGUGAGGCCUUGAGCGGCAAUGAAAAGCUUCACGCGAGCAACCCUGAGCUCGAGGAUGAAGUUGGGGACAUCCAAAUGCACGACCUUGAUGUUCACGACGCCCAACAACACGUUGGCGAUGAUGACGAUGAAGAUCCUGUAGGCGACCUCGAGCGGGCCUUCGCGAUGGAUACCGACACCGAGGACAGUGGGAAUCCGUCCGAUCAGCUUGUCGUUGCUGCUCCCGCAACGAGCUUGGAGAUUGCCGAUAACAAGUCUGAAACGGUCAACAAGAGCGACCCAUCUACGAGCACCCAAGUGCAGGACUUGAGCACCACUACGGCAACUCUACCUAACUCAAACGUCCAUAAGCCAGCUGCAGGAACUGUUCGACGCGCCCCCGCUAAGACAUCGAUCUUCUUCAAGCCGUACAAGGCCGCAAAGGCACCACAUAAUCGGUUCAAAACAGAGAUGAGUGGCGACCAGCAAAAGAGUGACCAUGGCCGACUGGGUGAUGGUGGCCUCAAUGUCAAGGAGCACGAGUCUUAUGCCGAGAACGGUAUGAACGAAUCGAUUGCAUCCAGUGCUGGGCCAUCACAACCAGCGUCAUUACCUGGCGUAUCUAUCCCUAGAACCACUUCCAUUGGCCAGCGUCCGGUCGAUUUGAACCUGGGAACGUCAAGCACACCCAAUCAGGAUUUCAAGACAGCUUCGGGACCACCUAUUCCAGAUCUUGUGCGAUCAGAAAAUUCUCGACACUCACCAUCGAACGAUGUCACGCCCCUCAAUGCACCCAAUCCACCCACUCAUAGCACUUCGGGGUCCGUGAACGUGAAUGCGGACGUUCAGAUGUCUGCGAAGGAUGACAGCGUCGACAGGACGUAUGUGUUGAUGGUCGAGAACUUCCCUCGUGGUACCACCGAAGACCGCAUUACAAUCGUGACCAGUGGUAAGAUUGACGGGCUUCUGAGAUGCGAAAUCCUGUCCACGGAACCGACAGUCACCGCAUUCGUCACUUUUGGCGAUUUUUCGAGCGCAUUCGAUGCAUUGUCUGCAACUGAUAAUGCGCCCGAGGGCAAACACAAAUUGUCGGCGCAGUGGGUGGAACCAGAGGAAGUGGAACAGAAGCGACAGCAAAUCGCUCGACGCCAGGCUCGUUCUAUUGCAGAGGCAAACGGUGCGGAGGUACACCGAGAUCCCGCAACGCAGGGCGAUAAUGGCCAGGGCAAGCGUGAUAAGGGCAAGAAGAAACAGAAUGCACAGAACGACAUGAUUGACGAAAUCGAGUCAGAGCAAGACGAAGAUCAACCGUCCAUUGUUAUCGCAAAGAACUUUGCGAGCGACGAUACGGAGGAGAAAAUCGAAUGGAACAUGAGGAGACAUGGGUGGAGGGUGUUGAGUUGCAAGAUAUUAGCGACCGAGCCUCUCGUGACCGCUGAGAUCAUAUUUGGCUGUAAACGACAUGCUAAGGAGGCGGUCGUUAAAUGCAACGGAAAGAAUUAUGUGGGCAACAAAUUGGAGUUCUAUCAGACGGAUCGCGAAGGCGUUAAACGGGCCAAGAAAGAUACCAUUGCAGCUCGCGUCAAGCUUGGAGGAAACAAGAUCAGACGGCUACAGGAUAAGCGAGCCACUCUGGUGGGUUCUGAAGGUGAACAGACGCCUCCGGACACAGCUUCGACCGCAGCCCACACACCAGUGACAAGCCCUGCUUCCACCGCGGCACCUCCUCAAGCCAGUGCUGGUACCCUAGACAACGGUGUGUGCUACUGGAAGAAGCACGAUACCGAUGCCAAUGGCAAUAUCACUGCUACUUAUCCGUGCAGCAACGGCCCGCAGUGCAUGGGCAAUCCCGCCAUGUACGAUGCGACAGGUGUGGUUCCAUCUCCGGCGGACGUCAAAGGCCACGUCUGGCUGUACGGAGGAGUCAGCGAGAACUCCAAUAGAGGUGUGCUUUGCGUGCUGGAAAGCCCAUCCGAAAUUUCGACCUUCCACGCCCUGAUGAUCUGCAAGUGCGAAUAUCACGCCAGAAGAACAACCUGGAACUGCGAUGAAGAACAGCGGCCGUAUGGGAGUAGCAGCGAGGCGAUCAGGCGGCGAAGACAUCUCUGGCAGCACCAGACCGAGUCACAGCCCAGAAAGCUCUUCUCGGAUGAUGGCAAGUGCUCAGAAUGGAGAUGUCAGAUGUGUUUUGAGUUACAGUUCAGAGUCCCUUCAGAGCGGAAGUCCACUCAUUUGGAUCAGAAACUCUUCUCGGAUAAUGGCAAUUACAGUUCAGAACGUUCUUCUCGGAUAAUGGCAAGUGCUCAGGAUAGAGAUGUUAGAUGUCUGUGUGAAGACCAGCUGCCACCGCGUCCGUAUGGAUUGGUAGCGGCAAGAGAAUUGGAGCUGUUCUACAGAUGGCGAAACCAGAAAGUGUAUAAUCAAUCCACUCUUUCUGAAAUCUGCAUACCCCCAUGUAGUACGGACUCUCACGUUAACUUUUGA